GUCAAGUCUUGAACUCCAACGAUCGCGAAUGGGUCAGUUUCCCCAUGGUAGCGACAAGCACCAGCCACACAGAUGACCGUGAUGGAUCUGUGCGAGUUCCAGACGCUACCAAAUGGCCUAAUCCUUCCUCUGCGUUGACGGCGUAUAGCAACGACAGUCAAAAGCCAGGAGCUCUCACUGGAAUGGGCGAGGGCGCAUUGGCCUGAGCCGUUGGGGUACCGACAAGCAUGAACAACUCCCAAUGCGGGAGCUACGAUGAGGAUUUCUGGCAGAGAAGCGCAACGCGAUAGGGCUGUUCCCUAGAAGCUCGUGUGAACAG